GGGACACCGGGCAGCUCCGGGUGGGCGCUGGGGUGGCUGCGGGGCACUGGGCGGUGUGGGAGGGGUCCGCGGGGUCUGCCCGGCCCCGGGGGGGGUGGCUCUGCCGUGGUGUGACGGUGCGUGGGUGCUCCGGGACGGCGGGAGGGGUCCAGGGCCGAGCCCUCACUCGGGGCGCAGGGCUGGCACACGGCUGGUACUGGGCUGGUGGCCACGUCCCCCCGCGCUGCCCAUCCCCGGGGGUCAGCGAAACCCCCGCCGCGUGGUGCUCGCUGUGAUGGGUGGCCAUCGGGGACCCCUCGGUGGGGCCACCCCCGGGUUCCGCUCUGUUUGCGUGGUGCCCCCUGGGCAGGGCGGGUGGUGCUCCUCCUGUUGUGCAAACAAGAACGGGGCGAUAAAAGCACCUGUGGCACAGCGCUGUGCUGCCAACGAGGGUGUGCGCGCCCCGGGCCGGCACGGUGCGGCAUGGCGCGUCCCCAGGGCUGGGGCACAACGUCACCGCGGUGCUGCUCUCAUCGUCCCCACCGCUGCUGAGCCAAAUGCUGCAGCGGCUUCGGAGCCCUCCUGCCCUUCUGGGGUUGGGAGGGGCAUCGUGCCCCUCAGUGCGUGGCAAAAGUACCCAGAGAAUGAACUGGGGAGGUGCUGCGCCCCCCCCGGGGCUCUGCCCCAUCCCUGCUGCUCUGCUCUCUCCUUAGGGACAAUCCAUGGCCAGGAAUUAACAACAUCACAACCGCAGCCCAGCUCGUCCGUAGGUGUCACCAUGUGGAUACCUGACGUGCCUUCACUCAGCUCAGGGGCAGCUGAACCACAGAUAUUGGCACAGGACACAAUUCCCAGCAAAGAGAGCCCAGCAGCACCUCCAUCUUCACUGCACACCACUGCAACACCAUCUUCAACUGCGACCCCAAGCACUGCAGCAGCUGAACUUCCCUCCAGCCCUGCAGAAACACCAUCUCCGCCCAUGACAUCGGGCUCAGCUCCACUGACCACAGCCCCAUCCCACACCCCCGCCACAUCGGCCCCAUCCAGCCCGACCACGGUGCCCAACCACACGUGGUCCCCAGGCACAGCGCCGGCCCCAUCCUCUCCUGGGCAGCCCACCCCCCCUCCCAGCUCUGCUGUUCCCACCGCCAGCCCCGCUCCUGGCACUGCCUCAGCUCUCAGCUCCAGCACUGCACAGCCGCUCAGGACCAGCAGCCUGGCACAGCCCUCCUCCAAAUCCAACCCCGGAGUGGUGGUGGUCGUCUGCCUCUUCGUGGCUGUGCUGGCUGGGGCCGUGGCCAUGCUGCUGGUGCGGCUGUGCCGCUGCAGGAAGCCCCCCUUCCAACGGCUGGACGAGGUGCCCAUGGGCAAAGUGUCAGAGGACUCCCCCUUUGCCCGUCACCCCCCCAGGUGACCCCGCUGUGCCGAAUAAAGACGCUGCAGCCCUGG